AUGGCCGAGGUGAAGGAGCAAGCCUUCUACAUGCGCAAAGCCAUCGACGGAGACAAUGUGCGGGACGCGUUGAAGAACGCCUCCAACAUGAUUUGUGAGCUCCGUACUUCCCUGCUGUCUCCGAAGAAUUACUUCGAGCUGUACAUGCAGGUCUUCAACGAAAUGCAGCACUUGGCUGGUUUCUUCGGGGACAAGGGCCGGCACAAGAAGAAGAUGAUUGAUCUCUAUGAGUCAGUGCAGCAUGCUGGCAACAUUCUGCCCAGACUGUACUUGCUAGCAACAGUGGGGGCGGCUUACAUCAAGUCCCUGGAAGCUCCAGCGAAGGAAAUUCUCAAGGACGUCAAUGAGCUGUGUAAAGGCGUGCAGCAUCCUCUUCGAGGGCUCUUCCUCCGGUAUUACCUGUCACAGAUGCUGAAGGACAAGCUGCCAGAUACCGGCUCUGGCUUCGAAGGAGAAGGAGGGGACAUCAACGAUGCUUUCGACUUCAUCUUCACCAACUUCCAGGAGAGCAACCGCCUCUGGGUUCGCAUCCAGCAUCAAGGCCCUACCAGGGAAAAAGAUCGACGAGAAAGAGAGCGCCAUGAUUUGCGAGUGCUCGUUGGCGCCAACCUCGUUCGACUUAGUCAGCUGGAUGGCAUGACCAUGGAUUUCUACGCGGAGACAGCCCUCCCGAAGAUCCUGGAUCACAUUGUCUCGGUAAAGGACGUGAU